AUGCCUUUGACAAGAUCCACUCCAAACGCAGAGGCUAUGCCGGCAUCACGAUGCCCGUUCGCAGAGUACGACAAGAUCCUCGAGAGAAACCCCAUCCUGGCCCCCACCGGCUGCACAGACAAGUUCUGUCAAGCAGGACGACUGGUCCAUACCGAUGAACCGAAAGUCGGGGAGAACCAUCCCAUCGAAAUUGUGCGGGACGAGGCGUCGGCAUUCCUGUGGCAGCUCUGGCAGGAUGGCAUCUACACGGAAAACCGCUACUCUGAGCGAAAGGAACAGGUGAUGGAGGAGAUCAAUCGGUCGGCCAAGGACAAAAUCGUCUGGAUCCAAGGGGCCAAAAGAGUCGGCAAAACAUCCACCUGGAUGCAAACGUCCGAGGAACUCCGAUAUGGGCUGCAGCUGGCGUGGAGGAAUUCCCGCAAGUGCAUCAUGCGGUCGCGGUAUCAAGAGCUGGAGUUGUGCGAUCUCCGACAUAUCCAAACGAGUGUUGAAAUGGUGACUGCACUUCUAGAGGAGAUAACCAAGUCCUUUAAUGACGGCCAAAUAAGGCCCACCGUGUUUGCCUUCCCGCCUAAAUCCGUGGAUGGUGAGGGACCCAUGUUCUGGAACAAGCAGGUGCUAGGGUUUGCUGCCUAUGAACUCGAUGACGGCUCAGUCCUCGGUGAUCCAAGCAAUAUCCAGCUGACCAGGGAUAUGAUCGACCUGGGCUGGACACCUCCCUGCCCUAAAACCCGCUGGGAUUUACUCCCAAUCGUCGCCAUGGCAGAAAAUGAUGCACCGGCAAUGGUGGAGCUACCCGAUCGUCUACGUCGAUUGAUAGAUAUUGAGCAUCCUGACUACCCAGGCUUCGGAAAACUGGGUCUCAAGUGGUACCAGUUUCCGGCUUUGAGUCGGUUGGGAUUCGAUAUCGGUGGGGUCCAAUACACUGCUGCACCAUUCCUCGGAUGGUACAUGGAUGCAGAGAUCGGCGUCCGAAAUCUUGCUGACACGUUUCGAUACGACUCCUUGCCGGACGUGGCCAAGGUAAUUGGUUUCGACAUCGAUUCAUAUCGCCAAAGGCAGGAAUAUUCCGAAGUCCGAGCGAUGGAAGAUCUCCCCGACUAUGAACAGCUUCGCUGGCUGAGCCGGGCCCAGGCAGAGCUAAACUACGCGGUGCGGUGCUCAUUCCUCAAGAGGGGUGUCACCUGUGUUGGAACUCUCGCCGCGUCAUCGGACUGGUGUCAAUAUGAUGAUGAUUAUGCUGCGAAGAACGGUUACCGGCUGAAUUCCGACCCUUACUGGAUCUCUCCUCCCCAGGGCUCCAUCGUACCAAUAUGGCACCGAGGGGGCGCGCCCAACUACCAGCCCAAACCGAUGAUCUGUCGAAAUCGCUACGACCCCGUCAAGUGUUGGCAGCGUCGGAAGAGCGCUACCGAUGCAGAUCCAGUCCGUCUCGUGCGAAAGGAGGAACGCUGGGUAACCGAGACCUUGAGUACCUUUGCAGCUGGUUGGUCCAACGGCCAUGGCAGCGUAGGGAUAGACCACCUGUCACAAGGGCCAUCCAACACCGUGCGCAUCUGCUACUGCAGCAAGGGGACAACGGCCCGUAAUCUAGCCGACAAGCUCCAUCGCAGUGUGAAGAAGAAAUGUACGAAAGGAUUCCGCGUUACAUUUACGUCCUUGAAUGCCUUGGACCUCCAUAAAGUUGAUCCAUCGGACGUGAUACUCGUGGUAGCGUCGACGACAGGCAGCGGCGCCUUCCCAUCCAACGGAGAAGAAUUUGCAAAGGCCAGGGGCCACAUGCUCCGGACUCAUACUGCUGACUUUUCGCAGCUUCGAGUAUCAGUCUUUGGGGUGGGAGAUAGCGCCUAUUCGAACUUCAACGCCGCGGCAAUAGACGUGUACGACUUCUUCCGGGAACUGGGCGUCUUGCAGAUAGCCGGGGGGCUGGUUAAGGCAGAUGUAGCGGCCGAGGCACUACCAUUACGUCUGUUCAAUCGUUGGUUGGAAGCGGUCGAGUCUUCCUUGACGGGGGGGGUUGGCGAGUUGAGGGAGAAUCCCGAGGAGGAGUUCAUGGCGCAGGCUGUCAUGCUCCACCAGUUUGACACAGCCACCCUUCUAUCGAAGUCCUCUCCCGCGACCGGGGAGGAUGAAAGACUUAUCGUCAUGACUCUUAAAGGCGUCGAAUAUGGUGAGAUGAAACACUUGCGGCUUCUACCGACGAAUUCCUCCUCACAGGUAGCUCGGGCAAUGGCCGCCCUGGGGAUUGCGGAUGCACAGAAGUUAGUGCCGUUUUCCGACCCGAAGCUGCGACAAUGGACGUACCAAGAGUUCCUUUCUUGUUUUGUGGACUUGGAGGAUCGAUUCAAGACCCAAAGCUGGACCAAUCAACCGAGAAAGGACAACGAAACCGUCAUUGAAACAUUGGAGCGAUGUGCCACAGUGGAAAAUCCCUCCCAACUGUCCGAAGCCCUCCGCCUCUCGAUUUGUCUCGACCUGCCACUUCUUCGACCACGAGCGUUCUCCGUUGCGUCAUCAUCUCGAUAUCUCGGGGACAAGAAGGUCGAGCUCCUGAUCAAACCACACCGCCACGGUCGAUUCAGCGAGAUCUACCUAGCCACUCUCCAGCCUGGAGCGCAGGUCAAAUACUCUCUCGUCCCAACUGCACCCGCCGCGGGGUUCCUAGCCGUGCAAACGCCUCUCAUCGCCAUCACCACUGGCUCCGGAUUCGCACCCGUCCGCAGUCUCCUCCAGCACCGCAUCCACAUCGUACAAACAUCCCAGGCGCAGAGCAGCAAGGCUCACCCAUUUGAAAAUUCCCCGAUAAGUCUAUUUGCCGGAUUCCGGCUCCUCGACGGGGAUAUCAUUCGUUCUACAACAUCCCUAGCUGAGAGGCACCGCGUGCUGGAUAUGUCAUGUCUUGUUCCCAGUAACAAGGAGAAAAAGAGGGUCCAGGACUUCCUCUGGCACAAGCGAGAUGAAAUCCGGAAUAAAUUGGUGGAGAAGAAGGGCUACGUUUACGUUUGUGGAAGUGCCAUUAUGACGGAGGGAGUGCUGGCGAAGCUCAGCCAGAUUGUCGGGGGAGAUGCGAAGCAGCGACUAGGGGACCGGUAUGUGGAAGAGGUCUUCUGAAGUGUGCUUCUAUCUGGUAUGGAUUGAAUUGGAACGAGGUAGGUGCGUAUGAUGGGAUGGGAUGAAACGACUUGGAGAUUGCCAGAGAAAAUG